AUGUCUAAAUAUCCUGCUGUCAUAUCAGCUAGUCAUUCCAAUUCGACUCGUUUUCGUCUCGUCGAACCGAUUCGAUUGAAUGAUGAAUUCGAUAGAUGGGAAUAUGAUCAUUUACGUGGUCUGUUUGAAUUGGAGCUUGAACCUCAUGGUAGCAACACUCGAUUUCCAACUCGAUGGCAUUUAGCUGAUAAUGUUUCGAUCUACUGUCGUAUCAAUACCAUUAAUUCAAGUGAACAAAACGCGUCAUCGUCACAUUUCGAUAGAUUACACACGGAUUCCCUUGACGCAUUUGUUCAGGAUGUUUGUGCACACGAGAAUAAUAAUCGAAGCAAUGAGUGGUUAAAAGCACUCAGAGAUGCAGAUAUAUUGCACUUUGAACAUUUGACCAGUCUAGAUCGAACGGAAUGGGAUAGAAUUCCCGGAUUGACCGUGAACGCAAAGCGAAUAUUGAGAGCAGAAGCUGAUCGACAUCGAACAAGUACUGUCGGAGAACAACGUCGACAAAUUACGAAUAAUUCUGAAGAUGAAAACAAAGAAGAGAUUGAGCAUCUUGCUACAUCAGAGAAUUUAUCAACUUCUAUCUCUGAACUUUAUGCUAAUAUACAUUUGAUUAAAUUAUAUAUGUGGCAUGUAUUACGUGAUCAACCAGCAGUAAAACGUUUUGGCAAUUUAGCUAAAAUUGAAACAAAAUGUUUAGAUGCAGCAUUCGAAGAGAUGAAAUUUGAAGGUUUUGCCGAUGACGGCUUAUUUUCGAGAAUGAAAGAAUUUUUUCUUCCACUCACUAUUUCUCAACAAGAAUUUCAUAUACAUUGGUCAUCGGACGGACGUAUUCAACGUACUUGGUUAGAACGACGUGAUAAGUUACGUGAAAAUCUCAAAGAACUCGAAACGAAACUUAAGAAAGAGAUAAAAGCCUAUCGGACAUGCUAUGAGGAAAUUAGUAAAGUAGAGGAAAGUAUUAAUGAUGAACAGCAACAUUAUUCUAGCAGAGUAGAAACGUUGAAUUCAAAAAAUAACAAUACUAAACAAAUACGAACCAUCAAUCGAUUGCUAGAAUCCGUACGGAGGUCAAAAAAGCCGAGUAAAGAACAAGUUGAAGCUCUUCGUCAAGCACAUAGAGAAUUUGAAGAGCAUAAGUCCGAUCUACUUCGAAAAUUGGAUAAGUUAACGGAAAUGAAAAAUGCUAUUCAAAUGAAAAUCACGGAUUUUGAGACACAAAUUGAAGAAGAAAAGGCACGUUUGAAUAUGAUCGAAACGAAAUUGAACACACCUCAACAACCUGUUGAUAAUCAAUUAGUCAAACCUCCUCGAGGUCUCAUUCUUCAUGGCCCUCCUGGUACUGGUAAAUCAGAUAUAUUGAGUAAAUUGGCGAAAAAAAUGGGUAUAGUAAUGGUAAGUGCACCAUUAGCAGCUGGUGAAUUGAAUCGACCACUCGUUGGCGAGAGUGAACGGAUAUUGAUUGCACUAUGUUCACGUUGUUAUCAAAUACCUUAUGCCAUGUGCUGUGUAUCAAUUGAUGAAAUUGAUUCAUUAGCACCUAAACGUGAUGAAGAUUCAAGUGAAGGCAAAGUAGAUAAGAUCUCUGUGCUUUUAUCUCUAAUUGAAGGCAUCAAAGAUGUACCUAAUCUAAUGAUAUUAAGUGCUACUAAUCGUUUGCAUAUGAUGGACGAAGCAUUUUUACGUCGUAUGUCAGGCAAAUUUUUCGUUGGUCGACCAUCAUCAAAAGCACGUACUAGUAUUCUUCGAAAAAUACCUUUUUGGGCUCUUGAACCGGAAAUACUCGAUCGACUUUCAAUUGCUACAACAAACUUUAGUGGAGCUGCUGUCAAAGCAUUGACUCGAGCAAUCACUGUUAAAUGUAUUAAAAUGAAGCUUUCUGAACCGAUGGCUGAAAUUGAAGCACUCAAACUCGCCGAUCUUAUAGCUAAACAAUAUCAAAUAUUUAUUGGUAGUGAAACAUUACCUCGUUUGCUUUUACGUAAUCUACUUAUUGAAUCUAAUCAUCAUAUUCAUCAAUUAUCCGGAAAUUUUAAAUAUACAGGCCGUAUGAUUGUAGAUUUACAGAAUCAACGUAUACGUAUCGAAGUAAUUAAACAGAAAACAGAUACAAAAAACAGUCAAUUAUCCGUUGUCGAACGUGCUUUAAAUCCGAAUGAAACCAAUGUUCAAACUCUACUGGAACGUUUAACAGCUUAUGGAAAGAGUCGUAAUGUUCAACUUCUUCAAUUAAUUGAUCUUAAUUUACUUGCUUCGCAAGGUGCUUACGAUGAGAAAAAAGUCUAUGAAACAUUAAAAGAUCGUUAUGAUGAAUGUGUUUCUUAUACACGUUCAAUGAUUGUCUACGAUCUAGAUGCAUUAGUCGGUAUAAAUAAAUCAGAAUCAAGUUCUAAUAUGGGCCAAUCAAUCUCGUAUUCGGUACACAAUCAAAGUAUUUAUACAUAUGUACUUGCUCGAUUUCGUGAUCGAGCUAUGGAAGAUAUUCAAGAAGAUGACACUGAUAAUGUUGAACGAUGGGCAAUAGCGGUGAUUCGUGAACCAUUUCUUUUACGUCAAUUUUCUGAAGAUGCACAAUUUCCACGUACAUAUCAAGAACAAGAAGAAUUACAGUUAGAACGACGCAUGGCUGAAGAACUUAUCAAAUGUGUCAAAUGUAAAGAUUUCUAUACUGAAAAUGAAAAUCGCAUGGGUAGUUGUGUUCAUCAUGAUGGUUUUGUCUAUGACAAUGCAGCAGCCGAUCUGACAACAUAUGCACCAAGUGGUGCAGCUAAGAUCUUAAAUAAACUCGAACAUAAGGCUCUCAAUGAUACUAGUGAACGUAAUGGAUUUGAACGACAAAAAAUAAAAUUCAAAUGGAUUUGUUGCGAUGAAACAUUUACAACUGUAUAUAAAGGUGGUUGUAAGAAAGGUAAACAUGGAUUUUUUCUCAAUGACAAUGAAUCGUUGGGCCGACAGGUAGACAAUAAGCGAGUCAAUCGACGUAAACAGGCAACGAUAGAACAGUGGGAAGACUUUUGUUGUGCCAAUGAAGAAUAUGAUGCAAAAUGGCAGUCAUUAUUGAAUGAUUAUUGA